GCUUACCUGCAAGUGGGCGUUGGAUUUACCUGUAGCCGCAGGUAAAAUACGGAACGGCGGGGCGAAGGAACGAAUCUUACCGAUCAAAGCUUUAGUAUGAGCCCGUUCUGAAAGCGCGUGUUGCGCGACGAAAUCAAAACGUUUGACCCAUUUUCAGUCAGUGAAUCAAAACAAAGAUCGAUGAAGUGGAGUUUAUAACGCGUCAAGAGAAACAUAUUUCACACUCGGGCUACUUCCGCGAUCUUGAACGGCUUGAAGUUGCGCUCAAAACAACUGAAGAUUUCAUCCGAGCCUAUGCGGUCCUGAAUGUGCUGAGUUAUGCCUGGCCACAGCACAGGAACACAUCACAAGACGCGUCCUCAUAGCUCCAGCCGUUCUAGGGCCGAUGGCUACAGGCAGAGCCGCACCUACUCCAGGGACAGCAACACCAGUCAGGAGACCUACAAGGACAACUACAGCGAGCAACCUCGUAGCAUAGACUCGCAGUUCCCCCGCAAAACCCAUCCUCACUACGCCAAUGGACGAGGCUCAGAAACCCUGGGCUUUAUACCAGGGUCCGCAGACUCUCCUCAAGGGACUCAAGCCUGUGGCUCAUGUGCCUCGCUAGGCUGGAGCGGCUGCAAAGCUCUGCUGUGCUGCAUUCUGACUUGUGGGCUGUACGGGUCACGCAAACCCUGCUUGCCGUCCAACGAGACCUCCACUGACAACCCUUUAAAAGCCGAGCCGGAGCCGAGGAAGUCCAAUGGAUUGGCUCUGUCCAAUCCCACGUGUGGCGUAAGCCUUGAACCGAGCAAACCGAGGCAGUUACCGAGCUCUGGCAGCUUCAGAUACGGCGACGUCUAUUUUGCUGGCAAGAAAGUGGAGUACCCAGUCAACUCAGAAGCGCCUCCAAGACGAACCAGGACGGCCGGGAAGGGCGACAACAACCAGCGACCCAUCAGCAACACUAGCAUCUACUCGAGGGAGGAUUUGGAUCUAGACGACCUGGAUGACGGCGGCACAGACAUCGACUCGCUAAUCACUAAAAAGCUUCUAGAACUUUAUAAAAUGCACCAGAUCGAGCAGCUGGCCAAAUGUACAUCUGAUGUGUCUUUCUCUCGUAAAACCAACGAGAUCAGUGAUCUGAUCAACAGCAUUGCUCAGGACUACAACUUGGAGGAGCAGGAAGCCGAGUGUCGGCUGGUGCACGGCGUCAUUCGCAUCAGCACCCGCAACAAGUCCUCGAAAGGUUACAAAAGCAAAGACUAUAAAUCGCACGAUGCAAUGCAGCAUACUAACGGGAGGAGAGAUGGAACACUGCCGGAUAGUGGGAAUGAGACAAUGACCUUCACUUUUAGUGAUGGGGAACCCGAGGUGUUAGUGUCAGAAUUGACACCAUCAGAUGAGCUUGCCCGAAAGAUGAGAGGCCACAGCGGGAAAAAUUACUACUCGAGCUCGGCCACAGAUUCAUCAGGGGCUCCGCUUUUGCGUUAACGCGCCAGCUGUUCCCUCUCAAUUAUUACUGCCUACCUAGUGUUCAUCUCUGUCCAUGUGCUCCUCUCAUAUUUCAGUGAAAGCAGUUAUUACGCUAAGGACAGUUUGUGUUCGUCUGAAUGCCCAAAGACUGCUAUCGUCCCUCAGCUUCUAUCACGAGUAUAUUGUUAAACAAAGGAGCCUGUUGCAAAAAUCAUUGGUUUCCUACUGCCCUCGCCAGAAGCCAUGUGGAUCGUUACGUAACGGACAAGUUUCCUGACCAAACCGUUGGCAUCAAAGGGUAUCUAAGUAUUGGAUCUAAUUAUACUUUUAGAGACAAAAGACACUGCUUGUGUCCUAAGUGGUGAUGUAUCUAGUAAAUAUGCAUGUAUUCAGCACUGAUUAAUAGCAACGGUGACACUUAAACUAGUUGCUGUUCGUCGGACUGCUUUGCUCUGGUAGCCCGUCCUUCAAGUGUCGCCUCAGAUGAACAAUUUGUUCUUGUUCUUUAAUGAUUUAAUGCAAUUUAAAUGUUGUUUUGGGACUGUUUGCUCUCAGUUUUGAAAUACUUGUAUAGUUUUUGUUUUGAACUUUUUUGUAUUGAAAUAAAAAGGGAGUUUCCUCUCAUUUUCAGUUUUUAUUCCUCACUUUAUUUCAACUCUAUGCACCAUUCUAGUGAAAACGAUUCUAGUGCACCUAUAACAUUUUUACACUCGUACGUGUUAACCGCAGAAAAUUUCUCUCUUUAGCGCGUAGCAUUUUUCUCAGAAGAUUGCAUUGCUGUCCGCCUCCUCCCUCUGUUUCCCUCAGGUCACUGUGCUAUGAACUUGUUUGGCUGGUUUGACAAUAGAAAGGAAAUAAAAUCCUAGUGUUUGUUGGAGUUGUACAUUGCGGAGGAGGGGUGAACUCCAGAGAAAAUUCCCCUCGCAACUGUCCUCUUUUUAACACUGUAUCGCCUACUGUAAAACAAGCUGCUCUGUUUCACUCCUCAAGCUAAUUUUCUGAUAUCAAACACACAGUUUUUAAGGAUUAAUGGGAAAUUGCCAAACAUAGUAAUGGUUUUCUUUUUUUAACAUGGGUGUGCUCGCAUUUUGUUGUCUUGCUUUUGGAUUGUAAAGAAUUUCUGACCCACUUAAUUGCAGGAAAUUAUAUCUUUCUUAACUAAUUGUUUGGAUAGAAUAGCAAGAGUUCAGAUGUUUAUGCCAGAUAAGAUUGAAAAUUCAAAACUACUUUAUUUUUGAGAUAAACUGAUAUCAUUGUAAAAAUCAGGUUACUGCAAUGUAGUGAACUACGGUUUCAAACAGUUAUCGUUCUAUCGUUUGAUGUAUUAUAUUCUUUUAAGUAGGCAUUAGGCUUUAGAAAUGUCAUCAAAAUGGCUUUUUUUGUUUGUGUUGGCCUUAAUCAUCACAAGAGGGCACUACAGUACACACUAUCUAGAUAGAGGAACCUAAACCUGGACACACUGAUGCAACUGCAAUG